AUGCUAGAGCAGUUGCACCAGCAGGGCUACCAGAGGAGGAAAGCACGUCAGCAGAUGCAGAGCAGGGAGGCUAUGAGCCCACAGGACUCCAAGGCAGCUGGGGCAGAGGCCAUGGAGGGACACAAGGCUCAAAGCCACAAUCGGGGGCAUAUGGAGCCCACAGCGCCUCUGCUUCCUCCUCCUUCACCACCGCCAACUGGGCUGCCGGAAUACCCACGGCCGAGGCUUAUUUUCCACACGCAGCUGGCUCACGGAAGCCCCACGGGCCGAAUCCAUGGAUUCACCAAUGUGAAGGAGCUGUAUGCCAAGAUUGCUGACGUUUUCAACAUCUCUCACUCAGAGAUCCUGUUUUGUACCCUCAACUCCCAUAAAGUUGACAUGCAGAAGUUACUGGGGGGGCAGAUUGGACUGGAGGACUUUAUAUUUGCUCAUGUCAGAGGAGAGACUAAGGAAGUGGAGGUGACCAAGACAGAGGACGCAUUGGGCCUCACCAUCACAGACAAUGGUGCUGGAUAUGCAUUCAUUAAGAGAAUAAAGGAAGGCAGCACUAUAGAUCGACUGAAGACAGUGUGUGUUGGUGAUCACAUCGAGGCCAUCAAUGACCAGAGCAUUGUGGGAUGUCGACAUUACGAAGUGGCCAAGAUGCUGAAAGAGCAACCAAGAGGCAUUCCCUUCACUCUACGCCUAGUCGGACCGAAGAGGGCCUUUGACAUGAUUGGAAUGAGGACUAAAGUACCCAAGUCGAAUGAGGGCAAGAUAGUCAAAGGAAGGGAAACCCUGCGCCUUCGUUCCAAAGGUUCCGCUACCGUCCAGGAAGUGCAGAAUGAGUUUGAAGAGCGGGCCACCAUGAAAGUGGAUGACCUGCUGGAAAGCUACAUGGGCAUCCGAGAUUUAGAGCUCGCAACCACCAUUGUGGAAGCGGGCAAAGACAAGAAGAACCCUGAUGACUUUGCAGAAGCUCUGGACUCAGUUCUGGGAGAUUUCGCUUUUCCUGAUGUGUUUUUGUUUGAUGUCUGGGGAGCAAUUGGAGAUGUCAAGAAUGGGAGAAUCUAGAUUUUUAUUGAGACCAUAGAGCGGUGUCCCCUGGCACAUCCAAUUAAAAAAAGGCAUUGUAGCCUUCUUAUUUCUUACAUGAAUUUUUAAUUCAUUCAUACAUGUUUAAUGCUUGCAUACAUUUAAUAUUUAUGCAAGAAUCACUUUCUUUUAAAACUACGGCAGGUACUGAAAUUAAUGUAUUGUUUCUGUUUUGGUAUUUAGGCACAUUAUUGUUCACAUCGGACUGAGGAUUUAACCACUGUGUACAUUAUCAGGUCAAAUAAAUAAUGCACAGAAAAGCUAUUGCAUUUACAGUACAGUAGAAGUCACUUUUAAAUAAUUAAUAGAAAAAAAUAAUGAGCAAUCAUGUUUACAACAACACCAAUUGUACAAUAGUUAAGAUUGUGUUUAGUUUUGAAAGAAAAAAAAAAAGAAAAAAAAAGGCGUCUUGGAUUCCAGACGACAUUGUCAUAUCCGUUCAAAAUAAUUUUCCUGUUGGUCUUUGAAGAUAAUGACUUAAGAGCAUCUGUCAGAAAAGAACUGCAACAGGAAAAACAACUGGUCUUUGAUCAAAACCAGGAUGUUAGAUAUACUAUAGUGAAUGUUUGUGGAUUUUUAGUUCAAGGCUUCUCAAGAGUUAUAGUAAAAGAAAUACAAAAAUGGAGAAGGUUUCUUUUAAAACCAUGUAUUUAAAAGGUAUAUUAUUAUUUCUUUUAGACACCAGGAGGCAACAAACCAGCUUCCCUCUUUAUGAACUAAAUAUUCUUCACUGCUCUGUGUUCAAUAGAGACAUUACUACUGUAGGUUUGUGUGGCUCUGCUAUGGUAAACAAGGUGUCAAGUUAUGCUCUGUAAUGCAGAAUGUAUUAUUGCUAGCUGAUGUUUGUCUGAAAGCGAUGUUUUACUUUGACGCGUUGUACGGUACUCUAUGAAAGAUCUCCAUCUAAACACGUGACUAUGUUUGACAAUUUUCACAUU